UACCUCUCUCCUUCCCCUCUCCCUCCCUAUCCGCAUCACUCCCUCGAUCUCCGUCCUCUCCCCCCCCCUUCUCCCACACCGCCCUCGCUCCCUGCGGGCGAGUCGCUGUCACGUCCAUGGCUGCGCGUGUCCCCGUGUCCCGGCUGGCACUGCUCGGGGCCCCGGGCUCGGGCAAGGGAACUAUGGCCCACAAAAUCCGCCUCCAUUUCGGCAUCACGAGCGUGGCGAGCGGGGAGCUACUGCGGGACCACAUCUACCGGAGAACCGAGAUCGGGCACAGGGCGCGCUCCUACAUCGUGGCGGGUCGCCUCGUGCCCGACGAUUUCAUCACGCAUCUCGUCAUGCGGGAGCUGCAGCAGCGCGGUGACGACGGAUGGGUGCUGGACGGAUUCCCGCGCACGCUGCCCCAGGCGCACGCCCUGGAGUGCGAGCGCGUGCGGCUGGACGCAGUGCUGUGCCUCGAUGUCCCCGCCGACACGAUCCGACAGCGCCUCUCCUCCCGCUGGAUCCACGCCCGCAGCGGCCGCGUCUACAACACCCACUUCAAUCCCCCCAGGAACGCGGGCCGUGACGAUGUGACGGGGGAGCCGCUGGUGCAGAGGCUGGACGACCGACCUGACGCGGUGGUGGCGCGACUCCGCGAAUACCGCGAGAGGACGCAGCCGCUCGUCACCCACUUCGCCAGCAGGGGCCUCCUGCACACCUUCGCGGGCACGGAGACCAACAAGGUGUGGCCCGAAAUCCACGCGUUCAUCUCCAGCCACGUCCGCUCACUCGGAUGAAGUGGACCCCCCCCCCCCACCCCACCUUCCCCCACCAAGGCACACUCAACAUCAACCUGCUCACCCCCCCCCCCACCCACCCCCCACCGUCACCUAUCCAUCGUGGGACUCUAUAGAGAGGACGGCAAAUACCAGGUAAUGUUGCCGGAGACGGAGGAGGAAGACCUAAAGCCAGAUGUUUGUGGAGGUGAUGGCACUGUAAGAACAGAUCUUGAAAGUCCGGUGUGUUAUGGAACUGUGGACACGUGGAGGUCGGUGUGUCAGUGGCACGGGAUGGACUAAGUGCGAAGUAAAAUUGCACACUCGGAGACUCUGCUGCACACGGCCAUAUUGGCUCAUCCUGACCCUGGCUGACUUGUCCGAGGAAUUUAAAUGGCAAUGCCGGACAGAUUAUUUUUUAAGCGUUGGAAAUGGCAGCGAAUAUCCGCUCUCGAUGCCAUAACAUCACUUCCAAUUACGACACUUGUCUGCAGCGUAAAGCGUUGCAUCAAAGCGCGCUAAUUUCACAACGUCCAGAUGGAGUCUCAGUUUUCCCAUCCGCUUGGCUCAUGUGUGUCCCUGCGUGGAAGGAAACGUCACGCAAAGCCUCUGUGGGUUUCGGCUGCACGUGUGACGAUUGACCCGCGAGCACACACCCGGCACGUGGCUCGGCAAAGUGUCAGAUGCCACAACUCGGUGGUCGCGAUUCGACUCAUCGAGAUAUCAUUCGUUGCCCUUGCCAAUGAUGGCCGAGAGUCUGAAGGCGUUAAGCCUGCCUGUCUGUUUGCUGCGGUUGUUCGAGUCGAUUAUGUUUGACCGUGAGAAUACUGCAGGGCGAGUCAGCGGGGGACAUUGAUUGCCAGUCGGGGCGCAAUGAUCGCCACGAUUGCUAAUUUGCGGGCAAUUUUUGAAUUGGGAAAAUUUGUACUCUGUCGCCGAUAGCUCCUCGUAAAGACGGUCCCAUAUCGGGUGUGGGACUGAUGCUUGAAACCGCCAAUGCCCCUGCAACUACUGCACAGAACGUUGAUCUGUACCCGUCAUUGUAUGGUGUGAGGGAGGAUGUGGAAUAAAACAUAUAUUUUAUAUAUAUAACAAAAAGAUGGUCCCAUGUGAUGAAACUUUAGCAUAGAGUUGUGUUGCUAUUAGAGGCAUGCUCUAGAGAGAAAAAAAAAGUGGCCUCAUCGAUCAAACGGUUGCCCAGAACUUGGAUUAUACGAACCACCGCUAACGGGAAUAUUAGCUAAUAUAUGCAAACGCGAUUAUGCUCUGACGGCUUCUCCAUUUCUCCCUGCGAGACCGGUGGGGCCACCCUCGUUAUUUUUGCAAGGCCGCAGCUGUGCGCUCACAAAAAAAAAGUCACCACAGUUGGUUUUUCCGUUCCACCUUCCACGGACCCAAUCCUUUCUUCGUGUGCCAGGUUUUUUUUAUUUUUGGCGGUGUAAAAUGCGCACGGGAAGACUUGCUACCCACGGCCACAUUGGCCGGUCCUGAACCCGUCUGACUCGUUCAAUAUAUUUAAUCAUCUCAAAUGGCAAUGCCAGACAGAGUGCGUUUUUUUUUAGCUUGGGAAAUACCGGCGAACGUGUCACUAAAAUGAUUUCCAAUAACAACACUUGACCAUGAAGACAAGCAACACGUGCGCCAAUUUCACAAUGUCCACACGGAGUCUUCCUUUCUUUCUCAUCCUGAUGUGUACGGUUGGCUACGUGCGGUGACAGAGAAGUUCAACAUACAUACAUAUGCCUGCAAACUGAGCCUGGUUGUAUGACGACGCCUUAAGUUAAGGGAAGUUCACUUGGUAAAAAGGCAGCCCUGCAAUGUCUUGCUCAUGCGACUUAUUGCACAAGGGAGCCGUCCUCUCGUCGAAAGUAUUUGGCCUACUCUUCCACGCUGGUGAGAUGUCUUGCUCGGUGAUCUGCGGCUUCUAGGCCCUGCGUAUUAUGGCAGCAAUAUGGCUCAGGAGCGAUAGGCGCCAAUGUCAUGGUCUGCUGCUGACAACGAGAGGGCUUCAGGAGAGAUUUCGUGGCGUUUUGCUAUUCCUUCUCCUCCGUUGAAAUGGGUUUACUAAAUUGUCCAGGGGCUGAGACAAUGCCGGAUUAAGCUAGUGCGGGGCCUGUAGUAUAUGUUAUAAAGGGGCUCUAAAUUAAAAAAAAACACGUAAAU